GCUAAUGGACCUCUGGCCUGCUCUUCAUAUGCAGUCUGAGGUAUAUGCAGAGUUCCAACGGAUAACUAACCAGAACCUACCUAACACUUUCUAUGCCGAGCUUGAUCGCCACACUCCUCGUUUGAUGGCCUUAUUUAGACAGAAAGCUUCCAAAACUGAAAAGACUGCAGAUGCUUUGGCAAACAUUUUCAAAGUCCAUGAUACACAGGAAUUACAUGAUGUCCACACAAGGCGUACCACUGUUCUCCAUGCCCUUCCUGAUUAUCUACUAGAGGAAGUCUCUGGAUUUUUCAGAACAUGUGUGGAUGAUAUGGAUGAGCCAGACCUGUGGGAUGCAUCAGUGGUCCUCCUUACAACAGUCAGUGAUGAUGCCACAAGCCCAGUUCACUACCACCCAGUGAGAGUCUCUGUCGUCCUAGAGGGUGAUGUGGUUGUCAAUCUCCCCAGGCUUGCUGAUGCCUUCCUGGUAAUGUUCGGCCUGAUUUAUGCACUACAUCUCAGCUAUCCCAAGGGACUGACAAACACUUUUGAGUUCACACAGAAAAUCUUACUUGGUCUUGAUGACUCUAAACUGUCACCCAAGCUGCAGACUCUUAAAAAUGAGCUGAUGUUGUAUGUGUAACUGAAGAUCCAAAAAGGAGUGGUGGAUUCUGAUGGCUCACUCUGUUAGAGCAUAAUCCAUAAUGAGAAUAUGUCAUGUCAGGUCCAUGUUGAAUACUGUUCAACUGUUUAUGUUAAAGUUGCUGCUCU